GGAGAACCUUCUCAGCUAACAUUUGCCACUUGUGGAAUGCAUUCCAUGUACUGAGUGCUUAUUAACUUUUCUCUCAGUCCCUCACUGCCGCUCUUCUCGCCUCAUCUCAUAUACGGGAAAGCUCAGGCUCCAAAAGCAAACUGAUUCCACCAAGAUAACAAUGGAACUGGGACCUGGGGUCCAAGCCUGGUCCUCGCACAAGGUAGAUACCCCCUGAGAUGCUGGGGAAGAGCCAUGGUAGGGCCACUCAUUGCCCUCUUCCCUGGGCGGACCUUGGACAUCCACCUUCCCUGCGUUAAAGUGCUCCACUAGGUGACGUCGGAAGAGAAGUACAUGCGAAAUCCCGCGGCUGACCACAAACAGGCGAGCAGUAAGAAAAAGCUCGCCGCUUCCUUCCUCAAACCUGCGCUGGCUGCGUCAGUGGCCCUUGAUCCGCACUCAAAAUGGCGGCGGCGGCGUCAGCGUCAGCAGCCUCCUGCCCGUACCUAUCGUGGCGGCGACGGGACCCGCCUCCCUGGGCGCCGGAGUCAUGUGACCCACACAAUGGCUGAGUGGCUACUCUCGGCUUCCCGGCAACGCCGAGUGAAAGCCAUGACGGCCGCCGCGGGUUCGGCGGGCCGCGCCGCAGUGCCCUUCCUGCUGUGUGCGCUGCUGGCUCCCGGCGGCGCGUACGUGCUCGACGACUCCGACGGGCUGGGCCGGGAGUUCGACGGCAUCGGCGCGGUCAGCGGCGGCGGGGCAACCUCCCGACUUCUAGUAAAUUACCCAGAGCCCUAUCGUUCUCAGAUAUUGGAUUAUCUCUUUAAGCCGAAUUUUGGUGCCUCUUUGCAUAUUCUAAAAGUGGAAAUAGGUGGUGAUGGGCAGACAACAGAUGGCACUGAGCCCUCCCACAUGCACUAUGCACUAGAUGAGAAUUAUUUUCGAGGAUAUGAGUGGUGGUUAAUGAAGGAAGCUAAGAAGAGGAAUCCCAAUAUUACACUCAUCGGGUUGCCAUGGUCAUUCCCUGGAUGGCUGGGAAAAGGUUUUGACUGGCCUUAUGUCAAUCUUCAGCUGACUGCCUAUUAUGUCGUGACCUGGAUUGUGGGUGCCAAGCGUUAUCAUGAUUUGGACAUUGAUUAUAUUGGAAUUUGGAAUGAGAGGUCAUAUAAUGCCAAUUAUAUUAAGAUAUUAAGAAAAAUGCUGAACUCUCAAGGUCUCCAGCGAGUGAAAAUCAUAGCAAGUGAUAAUCUCUGGGAGUCCAUCUCUGCAGCCAUGCUACUUGAUGCCGAACUCUUCAAGGUGGUUGAUGUUAUAGGGGCUCAUUAUCCUGGAACCCAUUCAGUAAAAGAUGCAAGGUUGACUGGGAAGAAGCUUUGGUCUUCUGAAGAUUUUAGCACUUUAAAUAGUGACACGGGUGCAGGCUGCUGGGGUCGCAUUUUAAAUCAGAAUUAUGUCAAUGGCUAUAUGACUUCCACAAUCGCAUGGAAUUUAGUGGCUAGUUACUAUGAACAGUUGCCUUAUGGGAGAUGCGGGUUGAUGACAGCCCAGGAGCCAUGGAGUGGUCACUACGUGGUAGAAUCUCCUGUCUGGGUGUCAGCUCAUACCACUCAGUUUACUCAACCUGGCUGGUAUUACCUGAAGACAGUUGGCCAUUUAGAGAAAGGAGGAAGCUAUGUAGCUCUGACUGAUGGCUUAGGGAACCUCACCAUCAUCAUUGAAACCAUGAGUCAUAAACAUUCUAAGUGCAUACGGCCAUUUCUUCCUUAUUUUAAUGUGUCACAACAAUUUGCUACCUUUGUUCUUAAGGGAUCUUUUAGUGAAAUACCAGAGCUACAGGUGUGGUAUACCAAACUUGGAAAAACAUCUGAAAGAUUUCUUUUUAAGCAGCUGGAUUCUCUAUGGCUCCUCGACAGCAAUGGCAGUUUCACACUGAAACUGCAAGAAGAUGAGCUGUUCACACUCACCACUCUCACCACUGGUCGCAAAGGCAGCUACCUGCCUCCUCCAAAAUCCCAGCGCUUCCCAAGUACCUAUAAGGAUGAUUUCAAUGUUGAUUACCCAUUUUUUAGUGAAGCUCCAAACUUUGCUGAUCAAACUGGUGUAUUUGAAUAUUUUACAAAUAUGGAAGACCCUGGUGAGCAUCACUUCACGCUACGCCAAGUUCUCAACCAGAGACCCAUUACGUGGGCUGCCGAUGCAUCCAACACAAUCAGUAUUAUAGGAGACUACAACUGGACGAAUCUGACUAUAAAAUGUGAUGUUUACAUAGAGACCCCUGACACAGGAGGUGUGUUCAUUGCAGGAAGAGUAAAUAAAGGUGGUAUUUUGAUUAGAAGUGCCAGAGGAAUUUUCUUCUGGAUUUUUGCAAAUGGAUCUUACAGGGUUACAGGGGAUUUAGCUGGAUGGAUUAUAUAUGCUUUAGGACAUGUUGAAGUUACAGCAAAAACGUGGUAUACACUCACAUUAACUAUUAAGGGUCGUUUUGCCUCUGGCAUGCUGAAUGACAAGUCUCUGUGGACAGACAUCCCUGUGAAUUUUCCGAAGAAUGGCUGGGCUGCAAUUGGAACUCACUCCUUUGAAUUUGCACAGUUUGACAACUUUCAUGUGGAAGCCACACACUAAUACUUACAGGGCAUCAUAGAAUACUCUGCAUUUUCUUCCCUUCUUUUUGGUUUUGGUUCAGAGCCAAUUCUUGUUUCAUUGGAACAGUAUAUGAGCCUUUUGAGGCUAAAAAUAAUGAAGAGUAAAUGGGGAGAGAAAUUUAUUUUUAAUUUAUCCUGGAAGAUUUUGUUAGAAUUAAUUCCAAGGGGAAAACUGGUGAAUCUUUAACAUUACCUGAUAUGUUCAAACUGUGCAUUGGCCCUAUCCUUAGGAGUGGUUUGAGUAGUACAGACCUCGAAGCCUUGCUGCUAACACUAAGGUAGCUCUCUUCAUCUUACUUGCAAGCGGUCCUGCACAUGGCAGUAACUUGAUCAUCAUGGAGAUGUAUUUAUGCAUGCUGACCGUGUGUCCAAAUGAGCCAGUGUCUUCAGCACAAGAUGAUGCUGCCAUAAUAGAAAGCUGAAGAACACUGGAAGUAGCUUUUUGAAAACCACUUCAACCUGUUAUGUUUUAUGCUCUAAAAAGUAUUUUUUUUAAUUUUCCUUUUUAAGAUAAUACUUUUGAAAUGCAGGAUAUGAUGAGUGGAAUGAUUGAAAAAAUGCCUCUUUAAUAAACUACCUCUAACGCUAUUUCUGCAGUAAUAGAUAUUAUCAGAUUAAUUGGGUUAUUUGCAUUAUUUAAUUCUUUUGAUUCCAAGUUUUGGUCUGGUAACCACUAUAACUCUCUGUGAACAUUUUUCCAGGUGGCUGGAAGAAGGAAGAAAACCUGAUCUAGCCAAUGCUGUUGUAGGCAUUUCCUCUGCCUCAUCUCACUGUGCUGUGGUCUGUCCUCACAUGUGGCACUGGUAACAGACUCACACAGCUGAUGAAUGAUUUCUCUCCUUAUGUGUGGAAGGAGGGGAGCACUUAGCCAUUUGCUAACUCCCAGAAUUGGAUCAUCUCCUAAGAUGUACUUACUUUUUAAAGUCCAAAUAUGUUUAUAUUUAAAUAUAUGUGAGCAUGUUUAUCAUGUAGUAUGAUUUAUACUAAGCAUUAAUGUGGCUCUAAGUAGCAAAUCCGUUAUUCAUGUGGGUAAAGUAAAUCUAGAAUUAUUUGUAAGAAUUACUCAUUGAACUAAUUCUACUCUUUAGGAAUUUGUAAGAGUCUAACAUAGGCUUAGCUACAGUGAAGUUUUACAUUGCUUUUGAAGACAAGAAGCUAAGUACUAGAAUAAAUAAGGUUACAGAGAACAUUUUUCAGUUAAAACCAAGUGAUUUCCAGCUGAUAUAUCUAAUAUUUUUAAAACUAACAUUGUAGAGUCAUAAUUUAUUUACAAUAAAAUGUUCCCACUUUAAGUAUACAAUUCAGUGAGUUUUGAUAAAUGGAUAUACCCAUGUAACCAACACUCCAGUCAAGUUUCAGAAUAUUUCCAUCACCCUCUAGAAAGUUCUCUUAUAUACCUGCUCAGUCAGUUCCUUUCACUCCCAAUUGUUGGCAGUCAUUGAUACGAAUUCUAUCACUAUAGGUUAGUUUUCUUUGUUCCAGAACAUCAUGAAAGUGGCAUCAUGUACUAUGUAUUCUUAUGAAUGGUUUCUGUCUGUCAGCAUAAUGAUUUGAGAUUUGUCCUCAUGUUGUGUGAUUCAGUGGUUUAUUCCUUCUUAUUUCUGAAGAGUUUUCACACAUUGUAUGAAUAUACCACAAUUUGUUUCCUCCCCACCAGUUUCUGCUAUUACAAUUAAAACUGUCCACAUUCACAA